CCUUCUCCUCACACACCAACAAAAAAGAAUCCGAAAUGGCAAACCCUAAGGUGUUCUUCGACAUGGCGAUCGGCGGUGCUCCGGCAGGCCGAAUCGUAAUGGAGCUAUUCGCGGACACAACGCCGAAAACGGCGGAGAAUUUCAGGGCACUCUGCACUGGAGAAAAAGGAAUCGGACGGAGCAGAAAGCCCUUACACUACAAAGGAUCGUCGUUUCACAGAGUGAUUCCUGGAUUCAUGUGCCAGGGAGGAGAUUUCACGGCAGGGAACGGAACAGGAGGAGAAUCGAUUUACGGAUCAAAAUUUCCCGAUGAGAACUUUAUAAAGAAGCACACCGGGCCAGGAAUUUUGUCAAUGGCAAAUUCAGGACCGGGAACUAAUGGAUCGCAGUUUUUUAUCUGUACGGAUAAGACGGAGUGGCUGGACGGAAAACAUGUGGUGUUUGGGAAAAUUGUGGAGGGGAUGGAUGUCGUUAAGGCUAUUGAGAAAGUUGGAUCUUCUUCUGGAAGGACUUCUAAGGCUGUUCAGAUUGCUGAUUGCGGUCAGCUUUCUUGAAUUAAUUUCCUAAAAGAAACACAGAGAAAACUGUACUCUGGUUUGAAUUAUGUAAUGGGCUGAUGUCGUUUUAUAGACAGAUAAGAAAUCCAUGAAUAAAAUUAUAUUUUGGUGUGUGAUUAA